AUGUUUUAUAGAUGGGCAAUUUUGAUAGCUUUAUCUAUAUAUUUUUGGUUAACACUUUUUUGGAUUUUAAAUAGUAAUGAUAAAUAUAUAUCAUCAUUAGUAAAUAUUAAUUGUUCUAAGAAUAAUAGUAUGACGGAAAAUAUAAAACUUGAAGGAAAAGAAUAUAUUCAUUUCCCGCAGCGCAUGUCAAAUACUCCAACAAUAAAGAUUUGGAGUGAUAAAAAAAGAAAAAUGCGUGAAAAACAACUUUUAAAUUUUAUAAGAAAUAGAAGUCUUAAAAAUAAUGACUUAAAAAGAGUUAAUAAUAAUAAAAGCAAAACUAUAAUCUUAAAUGAUUUUAAAAAUGAUAUAUUACUUAAAAAUAGUUAUAAGGUAAUAGAAAAUGAUACCAUUAUAAAUAAUAUAAAAUCGGAUGUAUCUAAUGCAAUAAUGUUAUCAAAAUUACCAUAUAAAUUGAUGGAUAGGUCAUUUGAAAAUGAUAAGAAAACAUUGGAAGAUUUUAAAUAUAGUCAUAUAUAUGAAAAUAUUUGCCGUUGGCCAAUAUUGUCUGCAAAUUCACUUGAUUUAAAAGAUUACGUCAACCAUCGUCGACAAUAUAGAUGUAAUCAUGAUAAUAAAUAUGAAAAAUUAGUUACUCAAUCUUCAGAUGGUUUAAUAUUUAUUUCAAAACCUAAAAAUUCAUUAAUAUUUGGUGAAAUUGAAUGUUAUCUACAAAAAUUAGAUGGUGCUUUGAGGCCAAAUAUUAGAAAAUGGAAAUUUGAUGGUGAUAAAAUAAAGCUCCCUAUUGAGUCUCAUAUUAAAAUAGAUAUGGACCAAUUUGUUAUAACAUGUAUAGAAAUUAAUAGUAAAGAUAAAAAAAUCAUUUUUGAAGAACCAUUUACAUCAUUAUCUAAUAUAGAAAAAAAAAAUGAAGAAAGUAUUCCAGCUAGUGAAGAUUCACCAAGUAUAACAAUUUUAGCUAUAGAUAGUAUCUCACGUAAUCAGUUUUUUCGUCAUAUGUAUAAAAGUUUAAAUUUUAUGUCAGAAAACAAUUUUCAUAUAUUAAAUGGAUAUACAAAAAUAGGUGACAAUUCAGCUGUUAAUAUGAUGGCAACAUUCUCUGGAUUAACAUAUGAUGUUGAAGCUAGAUGGAUGGAAAAUAUUGUAUCAAAAAAUAUAUCAUUAGGAAGGAUAGGUUUAAGUGAUAAAUUAAAAAAAAAUAAAAAACGUUUUAUUUGGAAUAAAAUGGAAGAAAAAAAAUGUAUAACACAGUAUAAUGAUGAAAUAUCAAAUUCUGGAUAUGGAAUAUUUAGUUAUAAUCCAUUUCAGGGUUUUGAUGAACCACCUGCAAAUUAUUAUUUUAGAGCAUAUUAUGAAUAUUUAUAUCAAAAUACAUUUGGUGAAGAAUGUUUACAUGGUAAUCAUUUACUUAAACAAUUCAUAGAUAUUUGGGAACGUUUUUCAACAACAUUUUCUAAUAAAUGCCAUUUUUCAUUUAAUUUUAUUACAAAAUUUACACACGAUGAUAGUAAUGCAUUAGAAUUAUUUGAUGAUCCUCUUUAUGUAGCAUUACAAAGAUUUAAAAUUAAAGGAGUAUUAAAUAAUACAGUUAUUAUUAUAAUGGGUGAUCAUGGUCAAAGAGUAGCAAAUAUCCAAAAAACAUAUUACGGUAGAGUUGAAGAAAGAAUGCCAUUAUUAGCAAUAUAUUUACCAGAACCUUUUAAAAAUAAAUAUAAAAAGGCAGAAGAAAAUAUACGUUAUAACAAGAAUCGUUUAACAUCAAAUUUUGAUAUAUAUGAAACAUUACUUGAUAUGGUAAAUAUAACACGAUUAAAUGAUAUGAAUGAGCAAGAAUUUUCAAAAGACAGAGGUUUAUCUUUAUUUAGAAAUAAAAUUUCACCAAAUCGUACAUGUUAUGAAGCAAAGAUACCAGAAAACUUUUGUGUAUGUCAACAAAAUAUUACAAAUAACAUAAUAAAGAAUGAUUUAGGAUCAUUUAAUAAUGAUACAUUAGUUAAAAAAAUAAAAAAUACAUUAACAAAAUAUUUGAGGGAAAAAUUAAUAUUAGAUAAAAGUUGUAUACAAUCUUUUAAAUAUAAUAUAUCAACACCAUUAACAUAUCUAACAAUUUCUCCGAUUGUUAGAUUUGGAGCACGUUAUCCUAAGAAAUGGAAAGAAUACCUAGUAAAUAACACAGAGCAAAGUAUUGUUAGAGAAAUUCAAGAGAUAUCAUUUGACAUUAUAUUAUUAUUAACAAAUAGAAUGUUAUUAAAAACAUAUUUAAUUCUUCAAGUAACCAUGGAAUAUCAACAACAUUACUCAUACAUUAGAGUUAGUAGUAAUCCUAUGUUAAAAUCUUUUUGUAAUGGUCAUCAAUCAUCUAGUAAAAUAAUAUAUAUUACUGAAAUAUGUAAACUUUGCUUUAAAAACAAUAAAUAA